GGCUCAGCAGAUUCUUACACAAGCAGACCAUCAGAUUCUGAUGUAUCUCUGGAAGAGGACAGAGAAGCAAUACGCCAAGAGAGAGAACAGCAAGCCGCAGUACAACUUGAGAGAGCCAAAACCAAACCAGUGGCAUUUGCGGUAAAGACGAAUGUGAGCUACUGCGGGGCUCUGGACGAAGAUGUCCCUGUACCCGGCACUGCCAUCUCCUUCGAUGCCAAGGACUUUUUACACAUUAAAGAGAAAUACAACAAUGACUGGUGGAUUGGGCGUUUGGUUAAAGAAGGCUGUGAAAUCGGCUUCAUUCCAAGUCCUUUGAGGCUGGAGAAUAUACGAAUACAGCAAGAACAGAAGAGGGGACGAUUUCAUGGAGGUAAAUCAAGUGGCACAUCUUCAUCAAGUCUCGGGGAAAUGGUAUCGGCCAAACAGAAGCAAAAAGUGACUGAGCAUAUACCGCCUUAUGAUGUUGUGCCAUCUAUGAGACCGGUAGUAUUGGUUGGUCCAUCGCUCAAAGGAUAUGAGGUGACGGACAUGAUGCAGAAAGCCCUUUUUGACUUCUUGAAGCACAGGUUUGAUGGGAGGAUAUCCAUCACAAGGGUCACGGCUGACAUUUCUCUUGCCAAGAGGUCCGUGUUAAAUAAUCCAAGCAGGAGGGCGAUAAUUGAACGCUCCAACACCAGAUCCAGUUUAGCUGAAGUGCAGAGUGAAAUAGAAAGAAUAUUUGAGUUGGCUCGUUCAUUACAGCUCGUUAUUCUAGAUGCGGACACCAUUAAUCAUCCGGCACAACUAAUCAAGACUUCAUUAGCACCGAUAAUUGUUCACGUCAAAGUGUCUUCGCCAAAGGUUUUGCAGCGGCUUAUUAAAUCUAGAGGAAAAUCCCAAAGCAAACACCUAAAUGUACAGUUAGUAGCUGCUGACAAACUUGCACAGUGCCCACCAGAAAUGUUCGAUGUGAUCUUGGAUGAGAAUCAGCUAGAAGAUGCCUGUGAGCAUUUAGCAGAGUACCUAGAAGCGUACUGGCGAGCUACCCAUACCACGAGCAGUACUCCCAUGACACCCCUUCUGGGAAGAAAUUUAGGAUCUACUGCGCUUACAUCAAUACAGAGUCAGCGCAUGAGGCACACAAACCAUUCAACUGAAAAUUCCCCGAUCGAAAGACGAAGUUUAAUGACUUCAGAUGAAAACUACCACAGUGAAAGAGCUCGGAAAAAGCAGAAACCGCUUGUCUUCCAGUUCCCAGCAUAGUCGUGACCAUUACCCUCUUGUGGAAGAAGAAUACUCUGACUCCUACCAGGACACUUAUAAACCUCACCGGAACCGCGGCUCUCCUGGAGGAUAUAGCCAUGAUUCCAGGCACAGGCUUUGA